CAGGUAAUCCAUGUAGGGCUGAGGGCUCCCAGUUAUAACGUGGCUUGUUUUUGUUUGAGAUCACGGAUGGAAACGCAUCUGUGAUGCUCAUUCAUGACAGUACGGUGAUCAACAGGUGUUAUUCCUCUCAUUCUCGCUUCGUCACAGUACCGAAUAUUACUGGCGAAAAAUAAAAGACAAGCUAACGCGAUCUUUUCGACGCCUUUUCUUCCCGGAACCUGAUACACUCGCUCUUAUAGGAAUGGCGUCGCAUCACCCAUCGGAGCUCGACUCCGUCGCCAGCGAUUCCGUGGCGUCGUCCCCAAGAUCAGAUUAUCCGACCCACGAUAUCCAACCGCGUGUCAGAUUCAUGUGUAGUUUCGGCGGCAAGAUUCUACCGCGGCCUCACGACAACCAGCUCCGCUAUGUCGGGGGCGACACGCGAAUCGUCGCAGUGCAUCGGGCCACCACUUUCUCAGGCCUACUCCUGAAGCUGUCGAAGCUAUCUGGUACAACAAACAUCAGCGUGAAGUACCAGCUUCCCAAUGAAGACCUCGAUGCUCUAAUCUCCGUCACUACCGAUGAAGACGUUGAGAACAUGAUGGAGGAGUACGAUAGAUUGGCUCUUAGUGGGAUUGGAUUGAAAACAGCUCGGCUCCGAUUGUUUCUCUUCCCAAGCGAUGAAGGCUCCAGAGCUAGUAGCAUCAACUCGCUCCUCGACGGCUCGAGCAAGCGCGAGAACUGGUUCUUCGAUGCAAUCAACGGCGGCGGCCUCGAGCGCGGCCGGUCGGAAGCGUCGUCGAUUGUGUCGGAGGUUCCAGAUUAUCUAUUCGGGCUGGAUAAUUCAGACGACAUACAAGCACUGCCGCGCGAGUCCAAAUUGAAAACUCGAACAGCUUUGGCAGAGAAUGUGUCAGUCUCUGAUCCAGGGUCACCAGCUCCGGCGAUCACUUCGCCGUUUUGCUCGACCUCUUCCGGCCCCUCUGUGCCGGCAAUCCCAGAUCUUCCACCUGUAAAAACCAAACCAGAUAAAUCGAUUCCACCAGUUGAAGUGAAGGAUAACCCGCCUGAGGGUUUCGCGGAUGUGAUAGAACCGGCGAUUCCACAAUCGGGUGGCUACGCCGGCAAUCCGAUGUGGCAUUACAACAACCCGGAUUCCCAUUAUCCUGGUCAACCUGUGCACCAAAUUCCAGUUUACUAUGUCCCUGGCCCGGUCCCACAGGGUAAUAUGCCGGUUCAGUCUGUGCCAGUCCGGCCACACUAUGUUCCACAAUACCCCGGACCACCGGGUCAGAUCCCGGUCGGAUUCCGGCACCCGGGUCCAGGCAUGGGGCAAGUGUACGGUGGAGCAAUUAGAGCAGUGGGUCCAAUGGAGGGUUACGACAUGCCAAUGAGAGUGGUUUCAGAUGGGAUGAAUCAGCAGGUAUACUAUGGGGUUAGAACGGCUGGCAUGGUUCAGGCCUAUCCGCCAGGAAUGGUGGUGCCGGCUGGGGAAGAAUUUCAGGGGAAUGGAUCAGAUAAAAAACCGGGUCGGGUCUCGACAACUUGAAUCAUUUGGUGAGUUUUAAAUGUAAGGUGGCUUGUAUUUGUGUUGUUAGAAUAAGUUUGGGUUUGAGUGAAACUGGAAUGUAAAUAGGUUUCUUUUUCUGUUGCUUUUGAUUGAAGAGAUGCAUAUAUAAAGUACAAUUUGCCAUCAAAUGUUCUUUUUAAUAAGAAAUAUUAAAGGAAAAUUGUGAUAA